AUGCUGCUCUGCCGUCGUCUUCGUCGACUCCGACCGAUAUUUCCGUCCCAAUCUACACCUCUUCCCAUUUUCUACUCCGACUCCUCCCCUUCCCAAAAUACCCCUGCCACCGCCACUUCUCCUCCCCGCAAGGGCCAGCAAGCCGUCCGCCGACUUCUAAAGCUUCUAUCUCCCUCUUCCCAAAAUGCACACGACCCCAAUCUCUCCCACGCCCUUGACGCCCUCCGUACCUCUCCGACCACCAUCUCCGCCAGCGCCGCCGCCACGCUUGUCUCCGCGGCUGCCGAUCCCCUCCUUGCAUUCGAUUUCUACCGCUUCCUGCGCUCCUUGAGGCCCCACUUCCACCCCGACUCCUCCCUCUUAUCUGCCCUCCUCCGCACGCAACUCCGAUCCCGCUCUCCCCAUCCCUUCCGGAUCCGGUUCUAUCUCGGCGAGAUGAGAAAGCACUGCGUCGCCCUCUCCCCCGCCGACUUCCGCUCCCUCUUCACCGGUCUCUUCCCCGAAAGAUGCGAUCUUGCACGCUCCCUGCUCGACCAAUUGAUCGAAGUCCUCGGACCCAGUUCAGAGAUAUACUCUAUUGCGAUCGCAAUCCUGACCGAGAAUGGGCUCAUCGAUGAGGCGAUUAAGGUCUCAGAGAGAGCUAAGACGGAGAUUGAUAGCCCUGCAUUAGGGUUCUAUUCGAGCUUGAUGAAUCUGUAUAUGGUCACUGGAGAUGGGAAGGUGGCAAUGGAGGCGUUCUUGGAGAUGGGAGAGAGAGGAAUUUUGGCUGACGAGGAAAUCUAUCGGAAUUUGUUAGGGAUUUUGUGCCAAGUUGGGUGGAUGAAGCUCUCUUGGGUGGUUUUGGAGGAAAUGAUGAAAAAUGCCACCUUUAGACAUGAUGAAGCUUUGAGCUUGGACCUGAUGAAGGGUUUCUUGAAGCAGGGAAUGGUUUCUGAAGCCGGUUUUUUGCUUCGAGAGGGAAUGAUAAAGAAAAAGGAGAGCUUCUUCAUUUUCGCAGAGGCAAUGGUGAAGAAGAAGAUGGUGAUGGAAGCAUUUGAUCUUCUAAGAACAGUCUGUGAGCCGGAAUUUUAUGCUGCUUCACUCAUUCAUGGAUGCGGAAAGCUUGGUUUGAUCGAAGAGGCUGAGAAGAUAUUUAGAGAGAUUAAAUCUUUGGAGGGGAAUAAGAUGUUGGAUUCCAUGUAUGCUUCGAUGAUUUAUGUGUACUCAAAAGCAGGAUUGAGGAGGCUGGCAGAGGUGGCUUGGGAGGAAAUGGAGGUUGCAGGGGCUUUAAGUGGGGAGGCAUGCUUGUAUAUGAUGUCCAUGUAUGGUGAACUUGGGCUUUUUGAGAAAGUAGCCAAGAUGUUUGAUAGGUGGUUGGAGAGUGGAGUUUGUGUGAAUGUGGAAGGUUAUGGUGUUCUUAUAAAUGCUUUGGUUAAAGCAGGCAAGCUUAAAGAAGCAAGAAGUCAUCUUUCUGACAUGAGAAGCCAUGGGAUUCAACUGACUAGUUCAAUUUAUUCACUGCUGAUGGAGGGUUAUCUGAAAGCGGGUCUUUUAAAUCACGCAUUAGCUAUGCUUGAAGAGUAUAAGAUUUCAGGUUUAAGAAUAGAGGAUGGGGUUCUUGCAAGCAAUAUCGCUCAUAUCUUGAUAAAAGCAGGUAGGUAUCAUGAGCUAGAUCAUUACUUGGAUAUAUUUGGGAGGAGUGCAGUAAAGUUUUCAGGAGAAAAUGGAGCAUCUUUGAUUGAAUGUUGUACUGAUGAAUUAUGUUUGAGAAAGAUCACCUCUCUAAUUGAGUGCAGUGACUAG